AUGGGAGCCGGGGCAUCUGCCGACCUGUCCAAGGACCAACUGAAGGAGAAGUACGCGGACGUCAAGCACCGCCUGUACCCGCAGCAGCAGGCGGCCGUGGAGGCCUUGUUCGAGUCCUCGGAAAACGCGGCCGAGAUCCUCGAGUGCGUCAACACCCACCUCAAUGACGCGGAGGUUCCCAACAUGGACUUCGAGACGAAGCCUGAUUUCACCGACAAGCACAUCUCACUCAUGUCGAAGCACCUCACGCCCGAGCUCUUCACGCAGCUCAAGGCCGCGGGCGCCACCUCCAAGGGAUACACAAUAUCCCGCGCUAUUCAGACGGGCGUGAUGACGCCCCACCUGGGUGUCGGCAUCACCGCCGGAGACGAGGAGUCGUGGGCACUGUUUAAGGACAUCUACUACCCGAUCAUCAAGGGUUGGCAUCAGUUCGACCCAGAAACUCAGAGCCACACGUCUGACCUCGACGCGUCGAAGCUGACCAUGACCGACGAGCAGGUGGCGAUGUUCAAUGAGUUUGUCGUGUCUACCCGCAUCCGCGCCGCCCGAAAUGUUUCUGGCUACGCCCUGCCUGCGGGCACUGAUGACGAGGACCGAAAGAAGGUGCGAGAAGUGCUGUGCGGAGCCUUCGAGAAGUUCGAGGGCGAACUGGCGGGUAAGUUCUACGACCUUGGCACGUUGUCUGACGAGGACCGCAACAUGCUCCUGUCCAGCGGCUUCCUGUUCCAGAUCCCUAAGACCACCAACCUCCUCUGGCACGCCGGAGCCGCCAAGAACUGGCCCACUGACCGCGGAAUCUUCCACAACGAAUCAAAGACCGCCCUGUGCUGGGUGAACGAGGAGGACCACUGCCGCAUCAUCUCCAUGGAGGACGGCGGCAACGUCAAGUCGGUCUUCACCAGAUUCGCCCAGAUAUCGGAGGCGCUCAAGACAGCUGCCGAGGCGAACGGAACCAAGCUCAUGUACUGUGACAAGCUUGGCUUCCUCGGUACCUGCCCGUCCAACCUCGGCACCGGGCUGCGUGCGAGUGUGAUGAUCAAGCUCCCCAAGUUCAACGAAACUGAAGAGUCGCGCCAAGUGCUUGAACAGGUGUGCGACAAGUUCGACUUGCAGCCGAGGGGGUCCGCCGGCGAGCACUCCGCCGCUGUCGAGGACAAGUUCGACGUCUCUAACAAGCAGCGCAUCGGGUUCACCGAGGUGCAGCUGGUGCAGAAGAUGAUCGACGGGGUCACGCAGGUCAUCUCGUUCGAGAAGGCUAUGGCGGCGGGGGAGAAAGACCUCGCGGCGGUCAAGGGGGAGAUUUCCUAG